GAAAUGAGGGCAGGCAGCAGCAGCAGCAGCGAGAAGCGAGCAGCGGGGAGACAGCAGGCGGACAGCGGUGGCAACAGCUGGAGCGGUGCGGUGACUCCUCCGAGCUGCGUCAAACCAGCUGGAGAGCGACAGACAGGCCGGAAUGGAAGAGAGGGUAUCAUACAGUCAUUUGAAGACAAAGUGGAAGUAGAGACAGCUGGAGAUUAUGAGAGGAAAGGGGGACAGAGGGCUGCCGGUCGGAACAAAACCCAGGCCGCUGCCAAGGACCCACAGCCUACAUGGAGCACACGCUCCACCAGUUUUAUGAGAAGGUGGCCAGAGUGAUGAACUCAGACCAGGAAAGGCCGUUCGUCUGCAAUGCUCCUGGCUGUUCUCAGCGUUUCCCCACGGAGGACCACCUGAUGAUACAUCGACACAAACAUGAGAUGACCCUUAAGUUCCCCUCUAUAAAGAACGACAACAUGUUAUCAGACCAGACGCCCACACCAACACGCUUCUUGAAGAACUGUGAGGAGGUGGGAUUGUUCAGUGAACUGGACUGCUCCAUUGAGCAGGAGUUUUGCAAGGCCCAAGAAGAAGACAGUAAACAGAGCAUCUCACUGCAUGGCCAAGGAGGCCAAGGCCAGCACCAGCAUUCCCACUCACGGAUGGGCAACCAUGAUACCAGCAUAGUGAUCCAGCAGGCCCUGCCCUCUCCUCAGUCCAGCUCCGUCAUCACUCAGGCUCCAUCCACCAACAGACAGAUAGGGCCUGUCCCCGGCUCUCUGUCCUCAUUGCUGCACCUACGAAACAGACAGAGACAGCCUCUGCCAGCCUCCAUGCCUGGAACUCUGCCAGACCCGACCAUGCCUGGUUCCUCCGCUGUGCUGAUGCCUAUGGAGAGACAAAUGUCCAUGGGCUCCAAUAUGAUGGGUAUGCAGGGACCCACCCACAGCACCUCCUGCUCUUCCCCUCACAUUCCCUCCAUGCACUCAGAAGCCAAAAUGAGGCUGAAGGCUGCACUUUCACACCACCCGGGUGCCAUCGCCAACGGCAACAUGAACUCCAUGGGCCACAUGAUGGAGAUGAUGUCAUCGCGGCAGGAGCAAGGCACCCACCAUCACAUGCACCCGCACCAGCACCUUCAAGCCCCUCCUCACGCGUACCAGCACCACGGCCACCACCACCACAGCCAGGGCCAUGGCCAGAGUGGUCACCACCACCCGCAGGGACACAACCCCCAUCACAACUCCCACAAUCCCCACCUCCAUCCUGGGCAUCCGCACCAGACCUCACCGCACCCUCCAAUGCACUCUUCUUCACAUAUGUCCCCUGCAACCCAGCAGAUGCAGCCAACGCAGCUGCAGUCUCCGCCCCCAAGUGGCGGGCGGCGCAGGCGGGUCGUGGACGAGGAUCCAGACGAACGUCGGCGGAAGUUUCUGGAGCGGAACAGAGCAGCAGCAACAAGAUGCAGGCAGAAGAGAAAAGUGUGGGUGAUGUCGUUAGAGAAGAAGGCGGAGGAGCUCACCCAGACCAACAUGCAGCUUCAGAAUGAAGUGACCAUGCUAAAGAACGAGGUGACCCAACUCAAGCAGCUUCUCCUCACACACAAGGACUGUCCCAUCACCACUAUGCAGAAAGAGUCCCAAGGUUACCUCAGUCCAGAGAGCAGUCCGGCAGGCAGUCCAGCCCCAGCGUGCUCCCAGCAGCAGGUCAUUCAGCACAACACCAUCACCACCUCCACCACAACCGUAGGGGGCAGCAGCGUGCACGGGCAAGCCAACCACCGCACAGACAUUAACCCCAUCCACUAGGGACAGGAGAGACUAUAACCCCAGCUGUAGCCCCAAACAACCGGCCCCUACUACCCCGUUACCCUGCUUUCUGAGGGUUGCCAGCUGCACAUGCUGGCCCACCCUCACCUCCCUCCAUCAAGAAAAAACCUCAAAGGCCUGUGAGGCUGUUCUUUAUACAGUAGCUACAGUAUGUAUUUUUAUAGACCAACCCUAUUAACGCAUAAAAUGUUCUUUGGUUUAUUUCCUUUUUUAUUUUUUUUAAUUUUGUUGUGCUUUUAGCGAAAAGGGAGUUUUGCUAAUCUCAUGCAGCAUUUAAGUGAACUGUUGUGUGUUAUGGUACAAAAUGGACCAUGGUGGUCACGGAACCAGAGGAAAGAGACAUUAGCCUGAGACUGUCAUCUCUGUAAGCAAACCUUACAUCUCUGUAUGCCUGAUGGACUGAACAAAUGUGUCCCAUCAUUCUCUGAAUGUCACAUGUGGACAGUGUGUGUGGAGUGUGUGCAACAGACUCUGAAUAAGUUGCUGCCUUUAAGUUCUGAAACUGUCACCACGAUGUCUUGAAGACAAAGAAUAUGCAAGCGGGUGUAAUGAUCCUUUUCUUUCCUAUAUGACUGUUAACCUUUUCCCUGUCAGCGGUAUUCUUAGUACAGCGUGACAGUGAAAACAUGAUGAAAUGGAAGCAAUACAUCACAGUAUUGAUCAUUUUCUCAACUGUAUGUCUACAUCAUGAUCAGCGUGGCCAAGCCACUCAGGUCCCAAGGACAUACUAUGCUGUUAACGGCUACAGAACUGUACACUGUGAUACCAGUGAGGCAGCUCGGGGGUUUGAAACAAACUCCUCCGCUCUCCAGGACCAACUGAAGCUUUAAUUAUUGAGGCCUCUCUUUGUGUGUUUGUUGCAUCUGGAUCCACAUUUCGGAUUCAAAUCCCAAAUUAACAAAACAUUCGAUUGCGAGCGUCUGCGUUGUUUUGAGCAUGCAUGUGAAUUAUGUAUAUUACCUGUUUGUGUUUUGCCUUCUUUACGCUGCGGAACAAAGUUCAGCAAGGCGUGUGAAGAAAAAAAACAACAACAAAAAAAGUGUGUGAGAAAGAAGAAAAGUGUGAGCGUGAUUGUUUUGUUGCCUGGCGUCCCAUAACUGUUUUACAGUUUCUGAAUAGGAGCAGUUAAUGCCUGUGCUUUCCUCAAUGUCACAAUGUGCCUGAAUCUUUUUUAAAAUCCUUAGUUCAACAGCAAAACGCCACUCGUUUGCUCGGUUUUCAGUUGUAUUAUGAAUGAGUUUUGUCAUGGAUUACUGCUACACAUAAGAGCAGCUGACCAAGGAGAAAAAAUACCCAUUUCCCAUUUGACCUCUGACCUCUUCAUCAACCUCUCUUCCUCUCUUUCUCAGGCCUCCCCUGCAGUUCAGAUUGGCGAUGUUGGAUGUACACGUUAACCACAACCGCUCUUUCUUUUUUCCUUCCUUUAUGACCAGGAAUGUCGACUCAUUAGCGUUAUGACCAUAAUGCACUGUGUUUUGCAGUAGGACGGUUGAAAUACAUUCCACUGACAGGUGGAGCGAUCGCAGAGCUGUCUAUGCACUUUGUCCUCUGUCAUCCCAGAGGGUAGAAUAGCCAUAUUAAGGUCAGAGUAAUUCUCAGUGAUCCCCCCCCACACCCCCCUUUUUCACACACCAGCAAGAAACUUAACUGUGUUUGGCUUUUAGAGGAGACACCGUGCCUGGCAUGCAUCACAUGUCUAUAGAGAAAAGAAGGGAACGUAGGGUUCUUGUUGUAAGAUGAGAGCCUGCGUCGUUAAGGUGGUGCCAUUUUUAUUCUGGAGAACAAAAACACCUGAGAGAAGAAUAUGUUUAUACUCAUAUUCAAGUUUAUGUCAUAACCCCGAGAGUCUACGCGUGCAGUUCGAUGUGUGUGUUGAUGAGACGGAGACGUAGAUUCUCUUGAAAAGGGCUUUGACGGACCAACCCUUUGAACUGAAGCUAGCCUUCUUUCUUAUGCUCGUCAGACCAUUCCAAAUCAACCUUCUCGCAUGUGAAAAUAAGAUAUUGAUCUCAAAGAAAUUUGAACUGGAAUAAUUCAGAUUAAGAGUCAGUGGAUCCAGACAAACAGGACAGAUGGAGGUGCAGUGUGAAUGCGUCUGUGUUUUUUUGUUUUUUUUUUGUGAGAGGUGCAGAAAAAAAUCCCCACAUAAAUGAUGUUAUAAUUGUAUUAUUUUAAAUCUAAAAAAAACAACCUAUAAAUAUUGUACAUAAUGUCAUUAUUAAUUUCUGUAAUCCUGUACAUGUAAUGCAACCACCUUUCUUUUUGAAGGGAGUCAAUGUGUGGUACAUGUCUGUAAAUAAUGUUCGCAUAGCACUUGUUGCCUUCUGUUGUACGUCGAGGCUCAUUUCAGCGCUUAAAUACAUUGUUUAUGUGUGAUGAACUGAUGAAUCCAUUCUUGCCUGCAUAACUUUGUACAUUUUAUUUGUGUCUGUAAUGACAUUAUCUCCAUUUUGUUAGUUGUUUUUUUGCAUUUGUACAGAUGUUAAAGUAUCACUGCAGUUACAUUACGGUAUGAAAAUAAAGCACUUGUUCUGUAACAUACAACUAACUGACUGUAAUUAAAAUCUAGUGACACAAUUAUUUCCAGAGUGCAAAUAAAUACACAUAAGAUCUGGAGAUUUUUUUAAAAAAAAAGGAAAACUAAUAUUUACACAAACAGUAUUUCCCACUGCUUGUCCUUGAGACAUAACUACUCAUUAAAUAGUUAAACUCUUUAAAGGUUUAGAAUACCCAUUAAUUAUUGAACUGUCUAGACAUCCUGAUAGUUGCCUGAUGAAAUAACAUGACAGUUAACUUAAGUACGUAAACAACUUUCUGGCAUUUUGACACAAUCACCACAGACCGCUACAGCUGAUCAAUUACAUUUUAAAGCCGCAAUAACCAAAAUGAUUAAAUCAAGCCUCGUCUGUUGUUGCAACAUGGAAAGAGGCCCCUAUAGGAGUGAUUUAUUAGUGGUUUUAGGAUGCAAGUACAAAUAAUUAGAGACUGAAGGGUGUGAACUUUAAACAGGCAGUUUUGUGAAGUCAUACUGAUGUAUCCAAUGACAUUUCUUGAGAGAACACUGACCCCUGGUGUUCAUUUUGUAGACCGACCAAACAGUGUUUAAAAGGACAAGUUUCAUUCAUCAACAGGUGCUGACAUAUCUGUAACACCCUGUGACAGUUGCCCUUCAGAAAAGGUCAUCAGGCAGCAAAACUGCAGUCUUCUGAUUAUUAAGACACUCACAUUUAGAAAAACAACAUUUUAUUUCCUGACUCUUUCCUCUGGUUUCAAGGUCCUUUCUUUACAUUUCAUCUUUAAGCUGAUUCAAUACAACACACAUUUCCCCUCAGACCCAACAGAAAUAACCAUGAAAUGAUUUCCACAUACCUCGGGCUACAUGCCAUUUCGUUUC